AUGGUGAAGAACUAUCCGGCUGUGAGUGAAGAGUACCUGAAGGCCAUUGAGAAAUGUAAGAGGCAGCUGAGGGGCUUCAUCGCCGAGAAAAACUGCGCCCCGCUCAUGCUUCGCCUUGCGUGGCAUUCGGCUGGUACGUUUGAAAAGAAUAGCAAGACUGGAGGUCCAUUCGGGACCAUGAGAUUCAAGGCUGAGCUAGGUCAUGCUGCCAAUAAUGGCAUUGACAUUGCUGUGAAUCUGCUGGAGCCCAUAAAGGAGAAAUUCCCUAUCCUAUCAUAUGCUGAUUUCUACCAGGUAUUGUUUUUCGUUGCAAGCGUGUUUCCAUCACCUCAGCAGUACACUAAUUGUAAGAGAUUUGAAUGUUGUGAUAAGGAGGAGCCUCCGCUGGAAGGCCGCUUGCCUGAUGCUACCAAAGGUUGCGACCACUUGAGGGACGUUUUUGUCAAACAAAUGGGUCUGAGCGAUCAGGAUAUUGUAGCACUCUCUGGUGGCCACACUCUGGGAAGGUGCCACAAGGAACGAUCAGGAUUUGAAGGAGCAUGGACUUCUAACCCUCUCAUAUUUGACAAUUCUUACUUUAAGGAGCUUCUGACUGGAGAGAAAGUAGGGCUAUUGCAAUUGGCAUCAGACAAGGCACUUCUUUCUGACCCCGUAUUUCGCCCACUUGUCGACAAAUACGCUGUGGAUGAGGAUGCUUUCUUUGCUGAUUAUGCGGUGGCUCACAUGAAGCUCUCUGAGCUGGGAUUUGCUGAUGCGUAA